CCACGUGGCGUGAGGACGAUGAGGAACUGAGGGUGGGAGGAGUAAAAGGAGCGUUGAAAGCCAAACCGAGGUUCUCCUUCACUGAGGUCAAGCUGCUGCUGGAGGCGGUGAAGAGGAACAGAUACAUCAUCCUCAGCCGAUGGACGCCAGCGUCGCCACCUUGGGCUGCAUUUGGUGACAGCGAUCUGUACUCUGCUGCAAAACGCACUCCAGCCGACUGGCAGCAGGUGGAGAGCUGCUUCUGAUGCUGCUCUGUCGCCAGAGAGGCUGCAGUCAGUGAAACUGAUUGUGGUGCUGAGAACUCGAGUCAGAUGUCAAACAUAACAUUUGAUUUUAUUGUGAAGUUACAGGAUGUUUUACUGCUCCGUCUGCUCUCUCUGUUUUUAGUGCACCGUGCUUUUAAAGAUCCUUACCAGCAGAGGGAGCACGUGGGUCACCUUUUACAGCACUGCUGUGAUUUAAUACUUGAGACUGAUUCGUUCUCUCUGUAGGGAAGUUUAACCAAGGUGUGUCGGCUGAAACGAAGAAACAGACGUGGGUCGAGAUCACCAAUCAGAUCAACGGUCUGGGAGAGAAUCACAGAGAGGUGCGUCAGAUCAUGAAGAAAUGGGCAGACCUCAAAUGCGAUGGGAAGCGACGCAUUGCAGCGCUGCGGGGUCCCAACGGCACAACCCUGAGGAAGAAGAAACUGGGCCCCGUGGAGAGGAUGGUGCAUAAGAUACUGAUGAUGAGUCCUAGAGGAGACGGCGACAGCGAUCUGGACCUGGGAGAAGACGACGACUUCUCAAAGAUGUGCAGCAAAGGGCUACCCUCCAACAGUUCCCCCUACUCCUACCUCAGUCUGACAGACGGCACUCACACUUUAUCAGGAGGACCCUCUUUUGACCUUUCACCUCUCUCCUCACCUGAAAAAGAACUUGGCGGAGAUCCUUUCCACUCCUCGUCUGACUUUGACCUGGGUGAUGAUGGAGAACACAUGAUGGAUUUCGAUGAAAACGACGACUCCAUGUUCUCCUACCCUUCCUCCGUCCGGCCACCCCCCACCUCCCUCGAUCCUCUGCCCGAUAACGCCCUGAUGAGGGUGAAGCCCGUCUACACGUACUCCCGAAGCAGCAACGGCCAGAGCCAAACCAUCCAGACCUCCUCCUCCUCCAGCAGACCUCCACCCGGACCUUCCUCCUCCUCAGUGGCUUCCACGUCCUCUGGCUUUCCUUUGGCUUCUGAUUCAGAAGCUGCUUCAUCCUCUGCUGUCCCCCCACCAUCACCAUCCUCCAACAGACCUGGCUCCGCCCUCCCUGCUCCCUCUCCAUUCCCUCCUCCAUCAUCUUCCUCUGCACCUGCUGCAGCCAAUGGUGCUUCCUCUCACCCUCGACCUUCUACCUCAGUUCCACCACCUGCAGCUUCCUCCGCUUUCUCAACAGUCACCUCUGCAACUAUUUCUUCUUUUUCUCAAAGCCAGCCUCCUCCCUCCUCCUCCAUCUUUCCACGCAGUGCUCCCACCUCAGGCUCAAGCUUAUCGGACCCUCUCCCAGCUGGAGCAUCCUCACGCAGGCCACACGAGCAGGUCGCCCAGGUGGCGUCUCAAAGCCUGCAGCAGCAGCGGGCCAGCAGGAUGCUCCUGACCUCGGUGUCUCAGUCUCUGGAGACGUUGGCUCAAUCGGUCCAGCUGCUCGUGGAGAGCCAGCACGAGUUCGUGCAGGAGUCCCUGCAGCUCCAGCGGGAGACCGUGGACAUCCUGAGGGAUUUCUCCAACACUGCACUAACCAUGCUGAGAGACAAGGCCAGCAGCGGGCAGCUGGCCCACCAUCCCCACCGACAUCAUCCCGCCUCGCACUUCUGAAACCCAGAGGGAGAAACGACAGGUUUGAGCAGUGCGAGGAGCUUCUCAUCAGUCGGGAGUCUUUCUGGUGGCUGUUCCUGUUUGCUGCACACAAAAGCUGCUUUCCACUGGUGACUCGAGCACACGCAGAUUUAGGCCCAGAGCUCAAUUUUAUUUAUGUGCCUAAAUCCUGUUUGUUUUUCCCCUUUUUGUAGUUUUAUUUGUGUCAAAUUCUAAAAGUUUUCCACACUGUAAUAAUCAGCAUUUCUGAUGGUGCUGAGCUGCUGUAGUCUCACAACCGCCGUGAACAUUUCCACACAAACCCAGAGUGACCGAGCGCGUUUACGGGAGACGAUACACUACGUGGUGCAAGGACACGAUCUGCAGUUUGAGAAUUCUGCUUCCUGUGGACAUGAGAGGAGAACACUAACCCUGCAUCUGAUCUCAGAGCGAGGCUCAAGAGUCACGGCGCUCUUAAACUCAGACUGUUUCCUGAAACACCCGAGGAGUGACACCUGGGGACAGGUGGGACAGGUGCUUCAUGUCUGUAGUAAAUUAGGAUGAAUUGUUGAGCAGAAGGAACCUGUUUUGUUGGGGUUACUGCUGAAUUUCGCUGCUGCUGAUGAAACUUUAGCUGUAAUUGACCAAUAGAUGAACUGAAUCUCUUUCCCUCAUUAAAAACAAACAGUUCUCUUUUGGUAA